AUGGAGAUUAAAGAAGGUCAAGUAUCAAUUUUAACAACUGAUGGAAAGACAUGGAAAAAAAGACAUUGCGUCUUGAAAAAUAGAAUCCUUUAUGUCUAUGAAAAUAAGAGUAAAGUUGAACAAGAUAAAAUACUUCAUUUCAUUCCAUUGGCAAGAUGUGGAGUGAUUACAACAGCAUUAAAGGGACCAAAUGGAAGACCGUUUUGUUUCAAGGUGUCUCAUCAAAUUGAUGAUUCCAUUCAAUAUUGGAUGUCGAGUGACUCUGAGGAAGAGAUGAAAGAUUGGGUACCACAGAUGCAACAAUGCUGUGCCGUUCAAAAGGAACCAGAACCCACCAAAGAAAACUUUAGAAAUAGAUCAAAAUCGGUUGCUUUCAAACCAGGUGCCUUGCAAAUGGCCGGUAUAUCAGAUUUUAGUGGAUGGCUCAAGAAACAAGCCAACGCAGGUCUUAGAAAGGGACAAUGGAAGAAACGUUGGUUCGUACUCAAAGACAUGAUACUCUAUUACUACGAAGGUCCAGAAGCCAAACUAAAGGAUAGUGAUAAAUAUCUUACUCAACCUCCUCCAGAAUCACCAAAAUCAAAUGAAAAUGAUUCAAACAACAAUAACAAAAAUAUUAUAUUAUUAAAUGAAUGGUUAUCAACAUUAUCGACACUUUCCAUUCAAGAACCAUGUCAAUUCCUUUACAAUGUAUCAUUUGUCAUUCAAUUGUUGGACAAGUUGAAUAUUAAAGUUACCAAUAUCGGUGAGAAACCAGAUACCAAGGAAAAGGAAAGAGAAUGGUUACUCGCUUCAUUUGAUUCAAUUAUUAAAACAGUUCAAUCAAAUAAUAUUAAAUUGGAUUCUAAUUUAACUUCUCAUGAUUUCAUUAAUAGAAAUUCAAUUAGUGUACUUGGAUUUGCUCAAUCACUUUAUGAUUUUGCUCAUAAUUUGAAUCAAAAUAAUAUUAAAAUAACGGUUGAUCAUUCACCAGCACCAGCACCACCAUCAUCAACAACAUCAUCUGCAGUUACUUCACCAUCAAUAUCUUCACCACCAUUACCAUCUCAACAAUCUCAAGAAUUAAAAAAUAAUAAUAAUAAUGAAAAUAAUACUAAUACAACAAAUACAACAAAUAGUGGUGUAUCAAUGUCAGAUAUAGAUAUGGAUAAUACAACAAAUAAUAUAUUAGAGAUAUUGGACAAGGUAUCAGAUAGUAAUACAACUCUAUCGAUUAAUGGUGCAAACGAACAUGGUGGAUCUGAUCAAUCAUCCAAUGCAUCGGGUGCUCAAGAUGCAAGUAUUAUCUCUGGAUUGGGAGGUCUUGGAUCUGAACAACCAUUGAUCAACGAAUUACUCAAUGCCGAUGAAUUUAUCGGACUCUCUAUUCAUUCAACACCCAAUACUCCAGCUAAAAAUCCUCCACCAAACUACACCAACAAAUUCAUUUCUCCACAUCGUGCUCCACUUAAACGUGUGGAGACCAAAGACGUCAUUGGUGAGUUUGACAAGAUGUUUUCAACUUUUGGUAGUAAUCUAAAGAAAUGUGGCAAGUGUAAUGAACCCAUCACAGGUGACCUAAAGAUCGAUGCCUGUGGUAAAUCUUGGCAUCCACACCACCUCUUUUGUUCAUGUUGCAACAAACAUCUCAUCGAUGUUGAAGAUGUCCCCUAUAUCGAAAGAUCAGAUAAACUCUUUUGUAAAGAAUGUCAUGAUAAAUCAUUUUCAGAGAGUCAUUGUUCAACUUGUAACAAAUCUUUAAUGAUUACAUUUGCACAUAAAGGAAAGAUAUUGUGUAAUGAACAUUAUGCAAUUAUUGCAAGUCUUUGUCAGAAAUGUGAGAAACCAAUCAGUGAUUUGAACCUAUCAUUUAGUAUCGACCAAAAGAAAUGGCAUCAAGCUUGUUUCAGUUGUACUUUUUGUAAGAAAUCCUUGUCGGAUCCAAGUCACUGUGUCACCAAAAAUUCUAAUCCAUACUGUCACGAAUGUAACGUCAAAUUGUUUUAA